UUUAAAUAUUCCAUCGAACGAAGGUGGGCUGUUUUGAUUUGUUAUCUGCAGUGGCAGUGAGGAAACAUUCGUGAAAGUUGGGUACCAUUUUGAUUGAAGUAGUAGCUGGGAAUAAGUAACAUGGAUUCGUCUGCUACAUCACCAAAGAAAGCGAAGAAGACAGCGGCGCCAAAGAAGCCUGCUGCACAUCCUGCGUACAAGGACAUGAUCGCGGAAGCAAUCAGAAAUUUGAAGGAGCGAAAUGGGUCAUCGCGACAGAAAAUUGCCAAGUAUUUGCAGUCUAAUUACAAAGGUCUUGGUGAUGAGAGUGCUCUGAAGAGAAACCUUAAGGCCUCUUUGAAAAAACUGGUCGCCUCUGGUUCUCUCAUCCAAACGAAAGGGGUAGGGGCUUCAGGAUCGUUCAAGCUGCCUGCCGCCGCCAAGAAGCCUGCAGCAGUGAAAAAGCCAGUAGCUGCAAAAAAGGUUGCGAAAAAGCCAGCAGCAGCGAAGAAGGUUGCUGCCAAAAAGACUGCCACUUCAGCCAAGAAAAGCCCUGCAAAGAAGAAGGCCUCGACACCAAAGAAAGCCAGUGGAGCCAACAAGUCACCAAAGAAGCCCAAGGCCAAAGUGGCAAAGAAGCCUAAAGUGGCUGCUGGUAAGAAGGCAUCGGCUGCUGUUAAGAGCAAACCCAAAAAGGCUGCCAGUGCCAGCAAGAAGACAGCAAAAUCACCGGCUGGGAAGAAAUCCAAGACUGGAAAGUCGAAGAAGUAGGAGUUGAAAAACGAAGUCAUGUUGCCACUUACCAUAUAAACAAACAGCUUUUUUAAAAGCUACCAAAUCGUCGGUCAUCGGUUCUGGAUUAGCCCUUUCGGCUGCAUUGAUAUCAUAAAAAUGACAUGUAGAGUUUUCAAAGCUGGUGGCCCACCAAGCCAGUGACAGUCAACUCAACCUUGUCUGCCACUUUGUUUUUUGUGAUGUUCUUUCCUGUAAUGAUUGUGAUGUUCUUGUAAUGAUUGGCACAAUAAUAAUAAUACCUUGUUAGGAAAAUGGCAUGAAAUAAUUCUGAAGUUCUAUGUUGGCUGUUAAAGCAAGCAAGCAUAAUAUUGCUAUUAGUUUGAUAGAAAUGAAAGAGCAAGCUUAACAGUUUUAUGGUUACAUUUCAAGCUUCUAUAUUUACGAUAUAGAUAGGAGGUUUCAGCAUCAUUUCAGCCAUUUUCAGCUAAUUUCAGGUUAUGCCAAGCACUCAUUAAAUUAUUUUGACUACACAAUUGCAAAUGCACACUCUCUUGAAAAUAAGCAAAAAAUGCAUUGAUAGAGUUAAUGAUAUAUUUUUGGUUGUAUUAUUAGGAACUGUCAAUUAUGCAAAUUGAAGUAGCAUUUCAUUUGCCAAUAUGCAUUCCCACUAUACCUCAAAACUGGUUUGACAGUAGGGGUGGGCUGCCUUUGAUGGGUUUUGAGAUUAAUAAACAGCAAGAGACAACUUUGGACAACACAUAGAUACAUAACCCUUGUGUAGUGAUGCUUAAGCUUGAAUAACCCUUACAAGAUAGGUAAUAAGAUUCAUCGUUUAAAAAGUCAGUAAAUUAUGUUGAGAACAAAAACUGCAAGAGCACUUGUAUUUGUCCCACACAGUCUAAAGCAUUUGGUAUUGUGAUAGAAAUUGCACUUUUGAAUUCAAACUAUAAAUAUCAAGACUGGAUUGACAGGAGGGGAUCUUCUUGGGCAAUGACCUUAAUGAUAAGCAUGUAAAAAAUUUAGUCCAUUCUCAUGAAGCCAAUUUUUGGUAGGUUGUGAAGUUGCUCUUUGGAGAAUCUUUUUUUACAAUCUAUUUACACAAUCAGAGUUUAUCAUGUGAAUACAAGCAUUAAGUUUUGUCGGCUAUGAUUGGCUAUGAGAGGUUGGCUAUGAUUUAACUGCAUAGGGAAUAUAUAUUAUAUAUUGUUUAUUUACUAUGACCCCAACAUUUUCAAUCAAUCUUAACAUUGGGUUAGCAGAAUCUGAAAACUUUUUGCACCAAUAAUGUAUACAUGCAUUAUUGUUUUGAGUGCAAUUUUAGCCUUCAUGCUAAUUUGUCUUGUUUGCCUAAAGUGUUGAUCAUGAGAAAAAAUUUGCAUUUUACAUUUACUUGAAUGUUAGUCUAGCAGUAUGAAAAUGUGGUAAGU